AUCAGUUUUUGCAAGCUCAAUCGUAGCAUCAAAGUCAACUCUUUGUGAUCCUUCUGCAAAAGAAAAUCAAAUUUUUUUAACAUUAAAAUGGCCGUCAGCAAGAUUACCAUUAUUUUCGUGAUCUCCAUGGUUGCUCUUGUGAGUGCUGGAGGAUUUGGAAAGGAACACAUUCACUUCAAGAUCCACGUGCCAUAUCAGACUCACGAUCAUCACCAUCACCACGUCGAGAAGGUUGCUGUACCCGUAGUCAAGCACGUCCCAGUCUACAAGACUGUCCACGUACCCGUUCAUGUGCCAGUUCAUGUUCAUCACGAACCAAAACACGAGGAAGUCCAUGUAGAGGAGCACCAUCUUGAAACUUCCCACGGUGAGGGUCUCUCCAGCUACGCCUCUGGAUCUGAUGGUUGGCAGGGAUCUCACGGUCUUGCCUCCUCCCAUGGAUGGGACAAAUAAAUUCACAAACACACUCCCUCCCGCCAAAAAAACUAAACCAAAAUGUUAACUUGUUGCACCCACAAAGUGAUCAAUGUUAUAAAUAAAAGAUUUGUUAUAGAAAAAA